CGAUGGGAACAGAAUAUUAUGCUCCUCUACUUUAAGAAAGGAGAGAGAUUGGCAGAUUUCUGCCAGGCUGUGUGACCCACGUGAUGCCAGCUUUUCAACUGCCUGCAAGGAGCAGAUCUCUGCCUGACUGAGGUUUCAUUUCCACUUUCCUCCUGGAAGCUGAGAGUAACUGGUAGUGGCCCAGCUAUGACCUAGAGACCAGACAGAAGCCUUCUGCGUUCCUUCAGGGUCUCGUUGUCUUUCCAGUCUCCAGGCCUUGUGUCCAGGUGGAUAAUAAGGGGAUGCAGGUACCAAGUAAUCAGCUCUAGACAACCAGGAAGAUGAGCAACGAAACCACCCCUGAGGCCAUCUCUUCCCCACCCCCGCCUGGGCAGCGAUACUUCGACAGAUUCUCUGAAGAUGACCCCGAGUACCUACGGAUCCGGAACAUGGCGGCAGACCUCCGGCAGGACUUCAACAUGAUGGAGCAGAAGAAACGGGUCACCAUGAUCCUCCAGAGUCCGUCUUUCAGGGAGGAGCUGGAGAGCCUUAUCCAAGAGCAGAUGAAGAAAGGGAACAACUCUUCCAACAUCUGGGCCCUCCGGCAGAUCGCAGACUUCAUGGCCAGCACUGCUCCCUCUGUCUUCCCCACGUCUCCACUCAAUCUGUCCACAGUAACACCCAUCAAUGACCUCCAUGGCACCGACUCCAUGUCCUUAGUGAAAGGAGAGAGGCUCAUGAGGUGCAAGAUCAGCAGCAUCUACCGACUGCUAGACCUCUAUGGCUGGGCCCAGAUCAGCAGCACCUACGUCACGCUGCGCGUCAGCAAAGAACAGGAUCAUUUCUUGAUCAGCCCCAAAGGCCUUUCCUGUAAUGAAAUCACAGCAUCCAGCUUGGUUAAAGUAAACAUCCUGGGUGAAGUGGUGGAGCAGGGCAGCACCAAUUUUGCAGUGGACACACGAGGAUUCAGCUUGCACUCAGCCAUUUAUGCGGCCAGACCCGACGUGAGAUGCAUUAUCCACUUGCACACGCCUGCCACCGCUGCAGUGUCUGCCAUGAAAUGUGGUGUUCUGCCUAUAUCUCAUGAUGCAUUGCUGGUGGGCGAUAUGGUGUAUUUUGAUUUCAAUGGUGAGAUGGAGGAAGAGGCAGACAGGAUUGAGCUACAGAAGUGCCUUGGACCAACCUGCAAGAUCCUGGUGCUGCGAAAUCAUGGAGUAAUUGCUUUGGGAGAUACCGUGGAAGAAGCAUUUUAUAAAAUCUUUCACAUGCAGGCAGCUUGUGAGAUACAGGUCUCAGCCUUGUCUAGUGCUGGAGGAACUGAGAAUCUGAUUGUGCUGGAGCGGGAGAAGUACAGACCCCACGAUGUUGGGUCAGUCCGAUGGGCUGGGAGCAUGUUUGGACCCAUGCAGAAGAGCCGCCUUGGAGAGCACGAGUUUGAAGCUCUUAUGAGAAUGCUAGACAACCUGGGUUAUAGAACAGGCUACACGUAUCGUUACCCAUUUGUCCAGGAGAAAGCCAAACAUAAAAGUGACGUGCUAAUCCCUGCCACUGUCACAGCAUUCAUCUUUGAUGAGGAGGCUGCUCCCAUCUCCACCCUCCGACAGCACGCUCAGAAACAACAGAAGGAGAAGACCCGCUGGCUAAACACGCCCAACACUUAUCUUCGAGUCAAUGUUGCUGAUGAGAACCAGGGAAAUGUGGGCACCCAGAGGAGCAAAACCACGUGGAUGAAGGCUGACGAGGUGGAGAAAGGCAGCAGUGGGACCCCCAUCCGAAUUGAAAACCCCAACCAAUUUGUGCCUCUCUAUACCGAUCCACAGGAAGUGCUGGAAAUGAGAAACAAGAUUCGAGAACAGAACCGCCAGGAUGUGAAAUCAGCAGGACCCCAGUCUCAGCUGCUAGCCAGCGUGAUAGCAGAGAAGAGCAGAAGUCCGUCUACAGAGAGUCAGCUGGCUUCCAAAGCAGACAUGGAGACAAAGGAUGGACUCCAGGAGGAGAUACCUGCUGAGCCAGAACCCCCCAACCCAUUCAGCCAGCUAACAGACCAGGAGCUAGAGGAAUACAAGAAAGAAGUGGAAAGAAAGGAACUGGGACUAGACGGUGAGAAAGACACCAGCGUGGAGGAAUCUCUGGCUUCUCCUGGAAAGUCUCCAUCAGCUUCCCCAGUGCAAAGCCCCACAAAGUCUCCAAUCAAGAGCCCACCCCUAUCCCCCACAAAGUCUUCAGAUGGCGAGAAAAAGGCCGACUCCAGCCAGCCACCCGAUGAUACCACCGCUGUUGUCCAAAAGGAACAGCAGGAUGCGGUGGUGGUGAACGGAAAAGAUGAUGACCAAACUGCAGAAGAAAUCCUAAGCAAAGGAAUAAGCCAGAUGACCACUAAUGCAGAUGCUGACACAGACGCCCCUAAGGACAAAACAGAGUCGAUCACCAGUGGCCCUGUGUCCCCAGAAGGCUCGCCAUCCAAAUCUCCCUCCAAGAAGAAGAAGAAAUUCCGGACCCCCUCCUUCCUGAAAAAGAGCAAAAAGAAGGAGAAGGCCGAAUCUUGAUUCCUCUCCAGGCCCCUUCCUCCUGCUCCUUCCCACCUACUCCCCUACCCACCAAGGUCACCGGAGCAGUAGAGGGAGCUCCUAACCACAGCUAACAACUGCCUCACUUCGGAUGGUUUGUGCUGAGGUAGAACCAGGCGCUGAGAGACUCAGAAAGACUCUUGUGUAAUGCACAUGGAGACAAAACCUACGCUUUGGAGGAUAUGUGGCGAAUUUUCUGGGUGCUCAUGGCGCAAGAUGUACCGUUCCCCGUUAACCUGCUGUUGACCGCUUUUUGAGGAAGUAACCAAGCUUAAAAAUGACUGUGGACCUGAUUUUUCUGCUUGAUGAGCUAGUCACAAAUUAUUUCACAAGUGAUAAAUCUACUCUCUUUUUCCCUUCCCCCCAGUUCCACCUUGUCACAGCACUUAUAAUCCAAGUCAUUUCAGCUUGUGUGGGCUAAGGUCUUCCCACACGCUGCUUUAUUCACAGCACAGGUGGCCACCUUUAGAAACAGUUUUGUGUGCAGAGUUGAGAACACACCUCAUGACACGUGAUGGCACAGCCAGGAUGCACUGGAUUGAUUGACCAGUUUUUUUCCAAGCCUUCCAAGCAGUCCCAGCUAGUCACGUGGCUGCAAUUGGUUGUGUAACUCAAAGGGUGACAGUACAAUUUUAUCCAAAUCAAAAGUGGGCAGGAUUGAUCUCCAAAGAAGCAAAGGGCAGGGGAUGAGCCCAUGACUUUUGCUUCCUGGGCAGCAAUCUUCCAAUGAAGCCGACAAGCCAUUUUCAAAGUUUUUUUCUGCGUGGAGUGGUGACAAGAUAUCUUAGGCUUUGUUUGCUGCAGCAUGGAAUGAAAUAGGAAAUUAGGCCACUUGGAAAGGAGUAUUGUGUUCUGGGGAAUAUGCAGGUCCCUGCCCAACAACAUCAAGCAAGCUCUUGUGUCCUGCCAUAAAGACCACGGUGGAAACGGAGAGGGAGAAAGCCUUGAGAAACCAUCUGUUCUGUUUAAAACCAAGAAAACUACAGUCACUAAGUGCUACUUUGUCAGUUUGGCAUAAACUCACGCUGCCAAUCCCCCUCCUGUGAUAGCUGCUGCAGAACCGAAAAGCACCACAAAAGGCAAAGCCUGUAGAAAAUGUGACUUUGCUCUUCCUCGCUGCAGUGCUAAUUAAUAACAACCUUGUCACACUUGGAUGGGGCUGUGACAUGGAGACCUGUUAGUGCUUUUCAUUACAUUCGCUGGUUUGGCCUGUGCCAUUCCAACCUGGUGCGCAAAGGAUGCAUGCGAGAAUGGUAAUGCCCGAUGCGCUAGGUGCUGUACCAACACAGAACAAAAGAUCUGCCCCUAACUAGAGAUGAGUGACGCCCCACUUCCCACAUCCAAGCACCCUUCAACUUCCUGAAUUCAGCACAGAGGAUGGAGAAGGCAUCUUUGACUCACCCCCCCACAAGGCAACUACUUCAGUUUACUAAACUGUAGGACACUGUGUUCAAUAACAAGGUUCUUAUGAUAUAAAACAGCCAAAGCCAAAAUCCAGCUUGCAGGUUCAAAUGUGCUAGAUAUGCUUUUACCUUAGCUAUAAAAUAACACAAAAUCAAUAUAUGCCACCACUCCUUUCACUUGUGCGUUUUGGUUCUACACUGAAAUGUCAUGCUGGAUAUUGGCUUUAAUGUCAAUGCCAAUUAAAGGUCUGAUUUUCAGCCCUUGUACAUUGAACUACCAUUGAAAUGAAUGGGAAUUUGGCCUAUACAGGAAGGCAAAACUGGGGUACAGUAGUCUACCUUUCAAAGCAACCUUGGUUAUAGAUAUUAUUGUUAAGUUA